AGAACUGAGCAGAAGCAAGACACCUUGAUUGUGAAAACAAAAGCGUCAGGAGGACUAAAGAACAACAGAUAUUCCUUUGAGAGAACUGAAUGGUGUAAAACACUGAGAAUGACUUGUGGAAUACCUCCGAACUGUAGCGUGAGGCAUCUCUUCCUCGCAGGCAUCACGCAAUGUUCAGUGGGACAAAGAUCACGAAUAAGGCUUGAUUCCAACAGUGUCAUUUCUUCAGGCUUCUGAAUUGGAAUCCUACCAAGUGUUGUUUUGUUUUGUUUUUCUCGGGCCACGAAACAGUUUGUCUCAGGGUUAGAUCCUCGAACCUGGAGUCUCUCCAAAGGGGAGGAAUCUUGCUCACUCUCACUCUCUCCCUGUAGUGAUGACAACGGCGAGCACAUUGUGUGCUGAAGUGGCGUGGAAAGCUCUCCGUCUUGUUCCCUGAUGAGGGCUGCUUUCCCUGUAUCAGCUUGCUGUUUAGGAGCCGGACAACAAGUCAGCAUUUAACCUGCUCUAAACUUGGAGACAGAACUCUUUGCUCAGCAAACUUGCUUUCUUGGUUCACAUUAACUAAACUCCGCUGGUUUAAUUGUCUCCAGUGGCGCUGUUGCAUUCUGGGAUACGCAUUGUGGGAUUACUCAAAGAGGAUCAUGGCUGCCUCACACCUGUUUUUGAAUGUGUUGACUGCCGUUUUACUGUUGAGCUACGUUUCUUACGGUCAACAAUCCAACACUGCCAGCACAGGUGAGCAAGCCACAAAUCGGACGGCUGCUCCGUCUGGUGCCCCGGAGGUCACACUCGCGACCCCGGGGUCAGACGCAGACGAAACCCCGUCGGCCGGGAGCCGCUGUUGGGGUUACUACGAUGUAAUGGGCCAGUGGGAUCCUCCGUUUAACUGUAAUGCAGGAAUCUACCUGUUCUGCUGUGGCUCCUGCUACUACCGAUUUUGCUGCCAGUUCAAGGUUCACAGUCUGGACCAGACGUCUUGUUCCAAUUACGACACGCCGGUGUGGGCCAACACAGGCAAGCCGGCGGCUCCGGUGACCGACGUCCAGGAGGAACCGGAUCGAGACCGCACUCACAUGAUCGUGUACAUAAUAUGUGGAGUGGUGGCCAUCAUGGUGCUGGUUGGGAUCUUCACCAAAUUGGGCCUGGAAAAAAGUCAAGGAGGACAGACGGACAUGACAAACUCCAGGGCCCUGACGGAACUGCUCAAACAGCCAGGCGAGCCCAGGGGUGUGGACAGAGGAGGAGGCCACCACCAUAUCGGAUCCAACGGCAUCUCUGGCAGGUCAAUGCGCACCAACAACGAGCAUAACCACCUGAAUAAUGUCAUGCUUCCUCCUUUGAGUCCCGCAAUGGCUCUGUCCCAGCCUCACAGCAACCUGGGCUUCAACAAAUACUCCUCCCUCAAAACCAUGGAAACUACAGCAAGGGAUUACUACCCCAAGAGCUACCCCAUGAUGGAUUACGCACACCGCCAAUCCUCGCCUGCAACCUUUCAGCCUAUUGCUUUUCACCCAAAAGACAAACCCUUUCUUCCCCCUCUGGACAUCCAUACUCCUUUGGCCAUCACCAUUACGUCAGCUCAAGUCUCCAAGCCCAAGAUCUCCAAGACUAACACCCACCCACUCACCUCGAGCUCGGCCUUCAAAGUUUGGGACCCCAACAAGUGCCAUGUCCAACAUCAGGUCCCUCUCAUGAUGCAGCCACAGCCACCACUGUCCCAACCAAACAGUCGGCGUCAGGCCUUCUCCAACAAGCGUCAGUUUAGCAUCGAGACUCUUCCAGAGUUGUUCACUCAGCCUCUGGGGUACAGACAGUCUCCGCACCUCCACCCAAAACACAAGGGACUGCCCACGAACAGCAAAACAGAAGUGACGGUCUGAGGGGAAAGCCUGGAAAGGAUACAAACACAAGAAAGCAUGAUUUCGAUUAGACAACCGGAUGCGAAAGCUUCUACACAUGUGCUUCAGUUAUAUUUAUAGUAUAUUUCCUCCAUGUAUUUGUUUUGGACUAGAUUUAUAUUCAUUGUUCUAUAAUACAAAGAACUGAAGGGGAAAACUUUGCAUGGUCUUGAUUCUGAUUCUUCAUGGGCCUUGAAUCCCUGGUGAUCCUACCUCCACUCUAAAAUUCUGGCCUCUCAUACUGCUGGCCUUCAGAUGUCUCUUGUGGCCCAGACCCAUGUGUCCGAUACCAAAGGGCAGGAGCCUUGCAUCUCAGGAGCCUUCACACCCUUCUGGACAAGGCCAUUGUGCUGUCAGCUUCCAUCAGCCAAGAGCUGCCACGCAGUGAGAUAUUAUUCCGACAAUUCUAGACCACUGAGGACAAAGAACAGCGAGGAAGCAUACGGAAGAGGACAGCAAAGAAACCAAGGUGCCCUGUGAGAGGGAAAGAGAGUUUCAAGUGUUGUGAUGUCUAAGGGUUUGUUAUUUCAGUCAACGGAUAAGGGUCUAGGUGAAUUUGACAAAGUCCAAUGUCCCUAGGUCUCUUUACCUCAACACCAUCAUCAAAGGAUGCAUUCCAGCACUUGUCCAGGGAACGAACCGCCAACAUCAAGUCAUAGCUAUUCUGGCUGUUGCUAUUUCAAACUCUUGUUUGAGACACAGCACAGGUAAAGACAAGGUCGAUAAGCCAGUCUCUGUUACAGACAGAACUCAAGAGAGACAUUUCAGGGGACGACAGUCGCCCGCAGAGAUGAGGUGCCAUAAUGACAGAGGAGGUGAACAAAUCCGGCAAUGUCAUAAGUAGCACUGCCAAAACAACUUUGCUAAAUGGACUUGUGUGUAUUUUUUGCAAUAUCUGUCAAACAGCCUGCUUCCUUUGAAUACUGCUGAAUGUAAAUAAUUAUCCUUUUGGUGAAAGCAAGAACCUUUUAGACCGAUGAUUUGGUGGCGAAAUCUAGCAUGUAGCAGCAAUACCUACACCCUAUUGUAGCAUCUUAAUGGGCAUGGGAAAUCUGGUGGUGGGCAUCAGUUUUAAAGUGAAGAGUUUAGGUGUCUUGAGAGUUGCUUGAGAGACCAAGGAAAAUGGUAGCAAUACUAGGCCUAUCCAUCCUCUCCUGCCUGGGGCCAAAUGACUGAUGGACACAGCUGUCAAACUCACUCUCUCUCUCUCUGCUGUUCCAAGCUGUUCUCAGCCAGGCAUUUGGCUGCCACCCUGCCACAGAACAGCAGGGGGCGCUGUAAUUGAUGAUGGCCUGCUUCUAAUACAGCAGAUCCAAAAUAUGUUCUCCCAUACUGCCUGUAGACUCGUCUUUCUUGUCUGUCUUAUCUUUUUUUUUCAUUGACAACGGAUCUGAAUGGAGAGUUAUGGUUAUUGGUCAAAGACAAAAGGCGAGACCACAAAACAAAGUUUUGAUUUUUUAUGCACCAAUUUAAAGAAGACCCGCAGAGAUGUCUGAUGGUAACCUCUUGCUUCUUUACAUAACAAUAAAGCAUCUGUUUACCAAGCAAACGAUUGUGUCUAAAAAGUAGCACACUUUGUUUGAACAGCCUUGUGAGAUUUUACAGGCCAAUGACAUCUGAUGUACAAGCCACCUAUAAACUGUACAAGGGACUAUAAAAGAGUGUGAAAUGUUCAAUGGAACUGCUUGCAAAUAAAACGGCAGUAUUGUGAGAGACAGAAAAGGAUUAUUGAACUCGGAAGGAGGAGGCAACGCACUCGUAAUGGUACAAAGCGUUCCCUUCUAAACACUAGAUCACAUUAUAGUCAUUGCAGUACAUGUUACGGCAGUUGGGUCUGUAAUGAACUAUAAAAAAGGACGAAAAAGAAAGAAACAUGUAGCUCUCUCUCUUUAUAUCCUCACCAGCUUUAUUUUGGAGAUAAUUUCUACUUGUGGACCAACUCCAGGGACAGCAGUUCCAAAAAUAUGACAACAAUUACAGUUACAGCAUGUUCCUGGAUGGCUAUUUUCAACCGUUGAAUUGAUGCGAGGAUGUAUCAGCAUGCUCUCUUGGGUCAGCAUCGAGUCAAACUAUCCUGAGCUACAGUGAUGCUUCGUUCUGUUUCGGUGGCACUGGCUCCAGGGUAUCAUUGGGUUUCAGGGGCAAGCCCUGGAGGACAGACAUGGCUGUCAGACUCUCCUGGCACAGAGAUAUCAAGCGAUGCCAAGGUGAGCCAGCUACACAGCCCUCUGCCUGAAAUGGAGUCACUUUGUCGGCCGGGAGGUCAUGAAGUCUGUCUUUGAGGAAUGCCAGAAAAGAGCAGAGCAGAUUUAGCUUUUGACAAAACCACAGUGACAAGAUCUCUGGCUGGAUCAGCUUAAACCCUAAAUCAGAUGAGGACUACCGUCCAGGAAUAUACUUUGACUAACUCAAAGCGCUGGAUUGGUCAAAUAACUACUUAAUUCCACAGUUUAAGGACUAUAAAGUGAAAUCAAAAGAGGUUGCGUGCAUUCACAUCUGUUACAAAGAAACACAAGGUGUAAAUAUCUACUUUCGAAUUCCUUCGGCGUGAAGAAUCAUUUACAGUGGUUAUUUUAAACCACCCAAAUAAGCUGAAUGACUGUUGUUUCUGAUUUCUUCUUAAAACUAAAGCGUUCUACCUGUGAUGUGAAUGCCACCAGGUAGCAUUUUAUCUUUAGCAAUACAUGAUGUACUUUUUACUGUUUAUGUACUAUUUGCAAUGUCGUCUUUUUGUACCGUAAGCGUAAUUGGAAUCAAAGUCGAGCCUGCCGCAGUUGACAACCAUUUGACGGAGAUGAAGUGCUUCCGAAUUUUAACACCCUUCUCACCUUCCUUACUAACUUAAAAGAUGUCUUGCCAUAUUUGAAGCUUGUGCUAUAUGUAUAAAGCCUAUCAUUUUUAAAAGACGUAUUAUAACCAAUGCUUGAAUGACAUGUUAGUUGCCAGUCCAGAGACAUGUAAUAUGUAUAUUGGAGAAUCACAUUGUUCCCAUUUGUUUGGUGGCUCCAUUCGCUUGGUGGUAUGUUUGACCAAUCUAAUCUUAUGCACUAUUCUAAGCGGUACCUUUUGUGUAUGUAUAAUUAGGAUGAAUUCUACUAAGGGCUUUAAAAGGAGGCAUGUGCUCUUAAUAGGAGUUGCCCGUGUUCAACAUGGAAAGGGUUCGUUUUUCCCAAUGCAAUGACAGGGAGUACAGUUGCUUGUGUCGGAGUGGACAAAGUUUACUAGGGUAAACUAUAACAAGAGGUUGUGAAAGUGAUGCUCUGUCCUGUGAUCAAUUU